UCAUAAUUUUAUAACCCUUGUUUUGACUUACUUAUUUAUUAAAAUAUUUUCUUGUUUUUAUAAAAUAUUAACUCUAAUGAAUUGAAAUAGUCAACUUGCACAUUUUUGACUGAACUUUUUAUUAUUAUUAUUAUUGAGAAUGAAUUUAAAUAAAUGAUUUUUACAUCUUUAAAUUAUUAUUUUCACAUCAAGAAAUUCUACGCCUACGUUUUUGUUAUUUAUUCGGUAAAACUUAUUCGUUUAUCAUGAGUACUUUUGGUGGAAUUGUGGAUGAGUACAAGCUUAUUUCAAUCGACUGUUUUCGGCAGAAAAACUAUGAAUCAUCUACAUAUUUUUUAUCUCAUUGUCACUUAGAUCAUAUGCAUGGCCUACGUGAUGAACAUUUCUGGUUUCUGUUACAAGGAAGGGGUUUCAGCAAAAUUUAUCUUUCGGAGGUCUCUGAACAUCUGUUGAAGAAUGAUUCAAGUUAUAGUCACCUGUCAGAAUAUUUAGUAGGUCUACCAUUAGAACAGCCUAAAUUGAUAUUGAUUCCUGACAUAAAUGGAAUGGAAAAUUCAAGGGUUGUUGUCACUCUACUAACCGCUGGCCAUUGUCCUGGGUCUGUUAUGUUUCUAAUCGAAGGAGAUAAUGGNCAGCGACUUUCGUUCCAGGCGAUGCAUCAGAAAUUUGAUUUAAGCUGUCGAAUAAAGAAGACGAACGAUAUAGCGAUACAAGACACGCAAGAACCUUUACGUUCCGAUGCCAACUCGCGCUGGGGAAGACGAUUUUCUGAUAUUAAAUAUUUCUCCAUUUUCAGUUUGAAACCUCUUGAUUCAUUAUACAUUGACACCACCUUCUGUUCAAGAAGAUACAUGUUUUUCCCCACUCGAGAACAAUGUCUUGAUACCGUUGUACCAUUGGUGAAAACGUGGCUUGAUAAAGGUUCUGAUCACAUAAUUUUUUUCUCCUGUUCAGCUCAGUAUGCAUAUGAGUUUGUGUUUGUAGAGCUAUUUAAAAGAUUUGGGGAAAAGACUCAUGUGUCAGAGGAAAAAUUUAUGAAGUAUAAAGGUGUUAAAAGUAUUGAAGAUGCAGUAACUCAUAUACCUUGGGAUGCAAGAAUACAUGCAUGCGCUUAUAGAAAAGGAGAAUUUAAAGGAAAAGUAUACUCCAAAGAAGCACCUUGUGGAUAUUGUACUGUGGCGGGAGAUUCGAUUAAAGUCAGAAAGAUCAAGCCAAGUGCCAUGUUUUUUAGUAAGGGCGAAAGUUCAAACAUUGCUCAUUAUGAUGCUGUGAAGCAGAUGUACCGCGUUUGCUAUUCUACUCAUUCUUCAUUGACUGAACAAAGAGACAUGGUACAGUACCUGAAACCAAAGAAAGUUUUUCCCAAUGUUGUUAACCAGCCUGAAAAACUUAUCUUACAUUUGCUGCAAGCUCCUCUCUCUUCAGAGUCUAGUGAUAGCGACUCGGAACAGAACAUAUCGCCUUUGGGUCCUCUGAAAAGUCUUGCUGAAGGUGCAGAUCCUAUUAAUAAUACUGACAGCAUUCAUUUUUAUGAUGAGUGUUAUAAAAUUCCUGAGAAUCUAAACAAAGAGGACAUUUUUUUACCAAAGAAAGGGCUUCCAGAGAUGCAGUUCGAUUCUAAAAAAACACAAAACUCUUCAAAGAAUCAUCAAUCCAUCCAAUGUGAAACGUUCAAUCAAUCCAGUGAACAACAUAAUUCUAAUUUAGUAACAAUAACCAGCAAACAAACUAUUUCUAGUUCCUCCCCAUUAAAAUGGAAUUUCCCAUCCUUUUCAUCAGAUGAUGAGAAUUUGGAUCCCAAUUCUUCAUUUAGCAGUACCAAAGACAAAUCUGACUCUGAAAGCAUUAAUUCAAGCUCACAGGAACAAUAUGUAAAAUUAAUUUAUAAUAAAUCUCUAGAAAGAACUCAUUCAAGAAAUCUUACUAUUAUUUCGGAUGGAAAUAUUGAUGAUUCAGCAGCUGCUUGUUUCAGGAAAGAUCAGAAUAAGUCAGAAUUAUCUCCUGUUUCAGUCUUUCAAAAUAAAGUUUUCGGUGAAAUGAUAUCUGAGAAAAAUAGCCAAAGUAACGCACAUUUAGACGUUAGUUUUUCUGACUGUCAGUCUAAUAUUAUUUGUGAACUAACUAUGCAUCCAACCAUGGAAACUGAAGGGAAAAUAUGCUCACAAUUACCUUUACCUGCCUGCUUAGAUAAUGGUGUGUCUAGUAAUUCAGAGUGCGGUCGGGUACAGAAUUCUAAAGCUGAAAACAGUGCAUCUUCAAAGCAGAAACUUCAACACAGUGUCAUUUUAGAGGCAUCUGAUUACAGUCAAAUGCAAAAUUAUAAAGCUGACAGCAGUAUUAUUUCAAAUCAGAAGCUUCGAAUCAGUGACAUCUCAAAUACGUCUAAGUGUAAUGAGACACAAAACAUACAAACUGAAAAAGAUGAGAUUUCAGAGCAGAGUUUCCAAUUAAGUGAAAUUUUAACUGUGUCAGAGUGCAAUCCGAUACGAAAUUCUAAAUCAAAACCUGGCAGAGCUGUGAUGUUUCAACACAGUGACAUUUCAUGCGUUCCAGGCUGUAAUCAGACCUGGAAUUCUAUACUUCUGAACAGAGAAAAUUUAAAUCACAGGUUAUACCACAAUGAACUUCAGAAUAGAAUCAAUGAAUGUCAGAUACAGAAUUGUGAAAAGAGCAAAGAGGAAUUAAGGCAAAAGACUCAUCACUCUGAUGUUUCAAAUGAUUUAGGACAUUAUCAAACAAAGAAUUCUGAAAUAAAAAAUAGUGGUGACCUAAAUCAAAAGCCUGAGCAUGGCGAAAUCAAUAAUGUAGUUGACCCUGCUGUAAAAGCAUGUUUAAAGACUUUGGACCUAGAUAAUAGCACUAAGACAAAAUCUGAACUUAGCUUAGAGUCUAAAAGUAGUUCAAAACUAUGUGACUCUAAAGAAACUACUGUUGAAAAAUUAGAAUCUAAAACUAGUUUUAAACAUAGUGAACAAAAGAGAUCCAUUAGCAUUGUUGAUCAACCAUUUUCAAGAACCAAACCUGACGCAAUCCCAAAUACUAUUUCAGAUUUAUUAUUUUCGAUAUACAACUCAGAUUCUAAUGAUUCUGACCGAUUGGAACAAAGCAAUUCCUGGCGUGAUUAUAAACUUUCAUUGGAUAUUGAAACAGACGUUGCAGUUAUCCAUUUUUCUAGUAAAAGUCAAAAUGAUUCUCAGAAAUCUGCUCGAUCUGCAAAAGAGGAACUGGACUUAUUAAUUGAUGCUAUAAAUGCAGAUAAUGCUGAAACUACCCCUAGUUGUUCAAAAUUAAAAAGAGAUAUUCCAAGUUCAGUGCAGGGUUCUGAAAACUGUAUUAUAAAAAUUCCUAGUAACUCUGAUCAAACUAAAUACUUAAAAAAGAAAAGUCCCGAGAAUCCACUUACGUCAACUGACACAUUUAAUAAUAAUUUUUAUCCUAAACGACUUCCAAAUACAGAUAAAAGUAAACUGUCUAACACAUUGAAUAAAAAUUUGGCUCCUAAUUUUAAGAUAAGCUCAGAUGACGAUGAAAUUCAGCUACUCGAUGAAAUUAGUGAAAAAGAAUCUCUAAAGUUAUUCUCCGUUUCAAACAAAGCUAAAAGUAAGCCUCCCAAUUCAUUAACUGAAAGUUCUUCUCAAAAAUUUGUUUCAAGUUCUAGUGAUAUCAAACUAAUAAAUGGACUAAAUGAAGCAUUAAAUCAAAAUACUUCUUAUGAGUUUUCUUGUCAUUUGCACAAUGUGAACAAUGAUAAAUCUGAACUAAAUCCCAAAUUUAAUAGUGAAUUGAAUGAAGAAGUGGUCAUUAUUGAUGUGAAAAAUUUUGACUCUGUAAAAACUUCCCCAAAUAAAAAGGAAAAAAUCUCAGAUUUAUUAAAGAAAACUGAAGUUCACAAUUUAAAGUCCUCAUUUAUUGAAAAAAUAGAUUUCCAAACCGUACAGUCUACUAAUUGUAACCAGGUUGUAAAUUCAUUGAAUUUAUCUAGUGGUGAUGAAAUACCUUCAACUCAGAACUUUCAAAAUGUUCCAGAACAAGUACUUUAUAAUUCCAGUUUAAGAUUUUCUUCCGGGACUAAUUCUUGUAAAUUGCAAAGCCCUGAUGUUGUUUGCAAACAACAUCAAGUGGAUGAAUACUAUCUUUCAAGAAAGCAUGACACCAUUUUUGGUCCUAAUUUUAAAAAGAAAAGGCGAUCCUCUAAUUGCACUGAUAAUAGCUCUGAGGUUAUAUGUUUGAAUGACAUUUCAUCAUUCCCAAAAGAAAAUCCAGUUAUUCAAAUCAUUGAUUUAUCUUCUGAUGAAGAUUGUGAUGGAGAGGAAUCAAGAUUGAGGUGUGGGCAGCAUAAGUGGCACACGCACAGACCUGGAAAGUCUCAUAUUGCUGUGAAAUCUCAUUCUAGAAUAGAUUUAGAAACUGAUGGCAGCGAUGUAGAAGUUUUGGAUGAUAGUCCUAGUCUUAUUGCCCCAAAAUUUAAUGUCUGUGAUCUGACAUCAACCAAGUCAUCUAAUGCAUCUUCAUGUGUUUGGAAAAAACGAAAAUCAGAUGAGGGAAGUAAUCUUUUAUCCCCUAAGAAUCCGAAACUUGAUAAUCGAUCAAAUUCUCCUGAUAUUUUUGAAGAAAACAGUGAACCUGGCAGUACUCCAGAAGAGUUUUUACUUCCUACACAAAUGUAUAGGGUUAAAAAUAUAUGGUAAAAGUAAACAUUUCAGCAUAAAUAUUCAUCCUGACUGACCCAAGUGAGGGAUUUAGCUGGUACAUGCAUAGCAGUUCUUAAAAUGAAAAAUUUAUAGAAAUAUUUUUAAAAGCAUAUAUAUAUUCUUGGAAAUUCCAAUAUCCAAAUGAAUUUAAAUUCUGAAAGUAUUUAAAAUAUAAUUAAUUUAACUUCCUUUCUGUAUUUUAAAUAUUAAUUACUUUAUUUUUUCUAAAAAAAGUUAUGUAUCAGUUCUUUAAUGAUUUGACUACACGAAUCUAUUUAUUUUGUAUAUUUUUGCUGAUAAUAGUUUGAAUAAAAAAAAAAACUAUCUGGGACUUUCAGUUCAUUAAAAAAAAUAUAUACUUUCAUUUGAUACAUAUAUUAGUUAAUUUUCUACGUUUUUCUCUCUUUUUCUUUUUAUCCAUUUUGUCUUUAUUGUGCAAUAUGUAUUUAUUCAAAUCUCUUUUAACUUUUUUACUAUGACAUUUUCCCUCCAAUGAUCAAAUGUGCUUGAUGUUUUUAAUCUCAUCUUCCACAAUUCUGGUUCGCACAAGCUUUAAUAAUAUUUUUUUCUUCUCAUUUAUUUACAUCAAUUUUGUGAACUCCAGUAUUGCUAUUUUAUUUUGUUUUUAGUAAAAACUUUAAAAAUAUAUAUGAAGGACUGUGAUUAAAGAAUACUUUGUGUAAGCAGCAUAUGAAAUAUAUCGACAAACAUUAUCUCUUAAACGUGGGCAAUACUAUUUAUUUUAAAGUUAUUAUGCAUGGAGUUUACUUUGUGUUGUAAAAUUAUGUUGAAAGUUAUUUGACCUGUAUAGUGUUUAAAAAUUAUCUAUAUGUAUGUUUUGUGUAUUUUUCAAAUCUUUUAAUUUUUAUGACUUCUGAACUUUUUUACAUCUGACGAAAUAGAAAAAAAACAUUGUUUUUAAUAUGCAUGGAAUUUUUAUUUAUCGUAUGCUGUUUCUAAUUGUAAUAUUUUGAGGCUUGUUAAUUUAUUUUUUAAUUAAUCUUAUUUUACAGGCGACUAUUUUGAAAACCUUUUGACUACUUUAUAUAGUUUUUUUUUAGGACUUAUUAUAUAGUUAGACUAUUGUAAAAAAUAUGGUUUUUAAUAUGCAUGAAAUUUUUAUUUAUUGUAUGCUGUUUUGUAAUUGUAAAAUUUUGAAGCUUGUUAAUUUAUUUUUUUAUUAAUCUAUUUUAUAGAUGACUUUGAAGACCUUCUGACUACUUUACAUAGUUUAUAUUUAGGACUAAUUAUAUAGUUAGACUAAUUAUAUCAUUUUUAUUUAAUUUGCUGAAUUAUGUUGACAAAACAUGUUAAAAAUAAUGAAUUUUUAAUUAUAAAUUUAAGUUUGUUGCUAUGUAAAUGUUUAUUUAUACACCCAUCGUAAAUUUGACUGAUUGAUACAAAUGAUUUGAUUUGGUUCCGCAUAAUUUUACUGUAAUGCAGUACUUGCUUAACAACUUGUGAACACUCAUGUUGAAAGUGUCAAAUUGUGUGAUAUAUUUUACCUGUUAAACAGUUACACCAAUAAUAUAACUGAUCAGACUUAAUAUCCAUAUCAAUGUAUCCAAUAUAUCAUUUAUUUUUUAUUGAUAUAUAUAUCAUUCUGUUCACCAAUAUUCACACAAUUAGCAAUGUUCAUUUUAAAAGAUGGUCAAUAUUUAUAAUUUUAUUAUAUUUCUUUAAUAAAUAACAUUAAAUCGGUUUAGUAAUUAAAACUUAAGAAUAUUUUUUUUUCUUUUGUCUCUGCACAUUUGGGCCAGAAAUACAAAUUUGCUUUGUGACACAUUGGAGCAAGUUUGACAUCAUGUAAAAUAUUUUGCAAGUAGUAUUCCUUUAAAGUUAUAUUUAAAUUUUUAUUUUGGAGAAACUCAUUUCGAUUUUGAUUACAAAAUUUUUUUAGUUAUAUCUUAGCUUGUUUUUUCUUAUUUAUGUUUGCUUUCUUUUUCAUGUGCCAUAUUUUGUAAAAAUUGUUUAUUGUAAUUUCUUUUCUAUAUUAUAUUCUCUUCCUUUUAAAAUUAUAUUACAGCUUAUAAACCUGUUUUAUUUCAUAGCUCAUAGAUUUUAUUUUCAUUGUAACUAAAAAUAAUAUAAGCAUUGUGGGUAGGUAUUAAAUCCCUUUAUUAAAUUUCGAGGUAUGUAGAACACUAAUUAUAACACUCUUAUUGGACACUUUGACUUUGUUAGGAAAUCAUAAUUAUUAGAUAAUCUAUUGUUAUGAAGUAUUUAUUAAUAAAGAGGUAUACUGAAAAGAAAAAUUACUCUAGUCUUCAAUUAUUGGUCUGAUGUGUUUAAUGAAUUACAAGAAAUGAGAUUUUACAUUUGAACGUUUGAUUUUCUGAUGAUUUAUCAUGAAGUGGUUGAUAUUAGAUGUCUAAUUAAACUGCUUUUUUUCAACACUACAUUGUGAAAAAUAAAAGAAUAUGACUUAUAAAAAAAAAAUUCUAACUCAGAAACUAUUUGAUCGAUAUUUUUACUAACUUUGUAUUUUUAUUUUUACUAACUAUUGCAAUUUAAAAAUUUUCUGAUCAAUAUAAAAUGCAAAAAAUGGUAAUUCUAAAACCAUUUUGCAUCGAUCACUGACUUUUACAAAUAUGUUCGAAAAUUGAAACUGGUAUUAAGUAUUAAGGUGCCUAAACUUCUGACUGAUCUCCUAAUUUAACUGGUGGGACCUAAUUUUCCAGACUGUGGGUACCCCCAAGUUCAAUUAGAAUUCAAAUCAGUUGAAAAAAUCAAAAAGUAUUUAACAGAAGAAAAUAUUCAUUUAGUUAAAAAAAAUCACUUCUUUAAUAGGAACUUUUUUUGUGGCAGAGCAUAUAAAAAAUUCACGCGUUUAUGGGUUUAACCAUAUUUGAAAUCUUUUGAAUCAUUAUGAUUGAAGCUUAGUAUGUGAAAAUGCAUUCAUUAGAACAAAAGUUAUUCUGAGUGAUAUCGUUUUCUCCCCUCUCAUUGUGUAUAUUAAGGAUUUGACUUAUGCUUUCUUAAUUCUUAGAAGUAUGACUUGAAAUUGAAUUUUAGAUUAUUUAUAUUUAAUGAAUUUCAUUGAUGGUAUCAAACAAAAUGUCUAAAUAAUUACUCAGUCUGUGAUGUUUAGUAAAAAUUUUCAUUAUUAUUAUUAUCAAAAAUAUUUAUAUUAAAAUGAAAAGCUUGUUUGAAGCUUUUAGAAGGGUUUCAAACGCAUUGCAUAUAGGUUAUAAAUUUUAUGACUUGAAAUACAUCUGUAAAAUUUUAUGACUUGAAAGACAUCUGUAAAAACUCGUAUGCUUUCUUAAUUAUUAGACGUAUGACUUGAAAUUGAAUUUUUGAUUAUUUAUAUUUAAUAAAUUUCAUUGACAGUAUCAAAUAAAAUAUCUGAAUAAUUACUUAGUCUGUGAUGUUUAUGUAAAAAUAUUCAUUAUUAUUAUUGAAAAUAUUUAUAUUCAUACAGGGUGCGUGGCGUUUUUAAAAAGUGCUUAAAGGUACUUAUUUUGGAAUUUCGUUUUUUAAAAGCCCUUAAAGGUGCUUUUUUGAUUGAGUGUUUUUAAAAAGUGCUUAAUUUUUUCUUUACUAUGUUGAUUUUCACUUCGAAUUAUACAAAAAGACUCAGUUCACAUUGUUCUAUUCAACGUUUUCUCAAUUAAUUCAACCCCUAUCUAUUUCAGCGUAUUGUCAGUCCACAGUGUAUGAAAACGCCAUUCGUUUUACAUGAUUUAAAAUUUCAUGAUUUUUGACAAUUGUCAAAAAGAAUGCCAAAGGGUUCUUUGACAUGUCGGUUAAAACAAGACAAAACCGUCAAUUGUCAAAAGCUUUCCAACCCUGCCUAAUUAUAUUUUUUUAAAGUGCUUAAAAAUAUUUUUUGAGUGCUUGAAAAGUGCUUAUUUUUUGUUGAAUAAUUUGGCUACGCACCCUGUCAUAUUAAAAUGAAAUACUUGUUUAAAGCCUUUAGAAAGGUUUCAUAUGCAUUACAUAUAUGUGAUAAAUUUUAUGACUUGAAAUACAUCUGUAAAAACUCACAAAUUUUGUACUAGUUUGGCUUAUUGCAAUAAAGUUUUGUAAUGAAAAAAAAAA